AUGCCGCUGCUUCGAACAAAAGUUUUUGCUGCCGCUCUCGUGUUUUUUUCAGGCAUAUCAUGUCAACGAAAGCCGAUAAAAGAGGCUCUAUUUUUGAAUAGUGAUACUUUCGGUAACUCUACAUUAGAAGAUUGCGUGUGGAAGAGAGAAAGAGAGCCAUGCCCUGACCCAAAUAUUACUAUAAAUUUGUACACAGAAGCUGAACCUGAAAAGAAAACUGUGGACCUCUUUAGUGAAGACUGGCUUCGUCAGAGUAGCUGGGAGCCCUCCCACGAAACAAUUUUACUUAUUCACGGCUACGCUGGUGGGGAUGAUACACUGCCGAUAAUUGUUCUUCGUGAUGCAUAUCUUCGUCGUGGCGGUUACAACGUUUUCAUGCUAGACUGGGGACAGCUAUGCCAGCCUCCGUGCUAUGUCGCGGCUGUUCACAACUUGCGCCCGGUCGCACGGUGCGUCGCAGAGGCGCUUGCGACUUUGCGUCGUGCGGGUCUGCGACCUGACCGACUCACUUGUGUCGGACACUCAUUAGGAGCUCACUUGUGUGGAAUUAUGUCAAAUUACUUGAACUUCAGAAUGAAUCGAAUUAUUGGGUUGGACCCAGCCAGACCUUUGAUCAGAUCAGCUCCCGCCUUACGUCUAGACCCUGGAGAUGCUCGGGCUGUCCACGUUCUUCAUACAAACGCAGGCCGGUAUGGUGAAGCAGCACGACUUGGUCAUGCCGAUUUCUGUCUAAAUGGAGGGAGAAGUCAACCCUUUUGUGAGGAUACACCUAACGCAGCCCUAUGCAGCCACGUAUGGUCGAUAUGCUAUCAGGCAGAGAGUCUGUUCAGGCCUCGUGCCGCUGUCCCUUGCGGGCGACGCUGCUCAGUGAGAGUUCCGCCAGCUAGAGCCUCCGCCCUGCCCGUGCCUUUGGGACAAUCUGCGCCUAUGACAGCCUCAGGCGCAUAUUGCGUAGAAGAUUUUACAGCUCCAUUCUGUCCAGCUACGACAGGCUUAUCGGAUGGCGACGAUCGCUGUUGUCUCGACAAACAAUACGCCGCUGCGGCUACAACCACUCAACCCCCAAGAACCCGCCCUAGGCCAAUAGUAAGACUUCGUUCUAGACGGAUUAAAAACAUAUCUACUAAUACUACUUGGGACCAUUAUGAAGAAGAAUAA